AUGGAUGAAGCGGAGAAGUACCAACAGCGACUGGAGGCCAUCGCUGAGAAGCGACGUCUGCAGGAGGAGCAAGAGCGAGCCAAGAGAGAGAUGGAAGAUGAAAAACUCAGGCUGCAGCAGCUCAAGAGGAAGUCUCUGAGGGAUCAGUGGUUGAUGGAGGGAGCUCCUUUGUCCCUCUCCUCAAUGGAUUCCCAAAGCCCAGACGCCUCUUCAUUGGCCUCUCAGGAGGUGGGAAAGCACAGGUUGCUAUCACAGAACGUGGGUUUUGCAGGGAACGAUGAGAAAGAACAGACCACAGAGGACCAAACGGAAGCAGCAGGAAUGGAAGCAGGAGAUAUGGGGACGCUCAAGGAUGAUAUGAACCCAAUCCAGAUAUCGCGUGAAGAACCACCAUCUGUUCUGCUGAAUGGCGAAGGGGACUUUAAAUCAAGCUUCAAACAUCAAAGUGAUGAAACUUUGGAGAAGUCAACCACAAAUGGACCAAGAGUGACCGUCACUGUGGAGUACCACAGCCAACACAUUCCUCACCUAAGCUGUACCAAGGUGGACGAAGGUGUUACGGUCAUGCGAGCCAAACGCGUUGUCCUCUUGGAUGAUGACAAAGUUGCACUGCAAAAGCAUCAGAAGUCCACUACUGAAGAUGAAGGGACUGUGAAGGUGCAAAUAACUCCAGAAGCUUCAACACAGUCCGCAGAAGAAGAAACGAGUGCAACUGAGGAGACGAAAGACCUCGGCAACGUAGAGGCUUCAGGUCCCGUGGAGGAUGUUCUGGUUGCUCCGGUACCAGUUUACGCUGAGUCACAACCCUCUUGCCCUGCUUCGAAGGAACCACAUGCACAGAAAGAAGAGGAAGCAAUCACAGCAGCUUCAGAAGUUUCCGAAACAACCUCAAAAGCCCAAGGCGAUGCUGUUGCCACGUCCCCUCAGUUCCAGGAAGUCACCCUUAACGACCACCUUGAGAACAACAGGACUGAGGUGCGACCCCCAGAGAUGGAGCCCUUUCUUGAGGAGGCCUCGGGCGUCCCGGAUGAAGCUGCCACUGAGAAACCAGCAGGGGCCGCGCAAGCACCCAGGAAGAAAACAUUCCAGUGCUGCUCGGUCAUGUAA